AUAUUUUUCUGUGAAUAUGAUUCCUGUAAUUCCAGAAGAGCCCUAAACUUCGCGUCCUACACGCGCCCCCCUCUCGCUCCCACACAAAAACCCUAGCCAUCCAACAGGCAACAGGAGACCAUCAAUCAUCAAUAAAUAAAAAAUAGUAGUAAUUCCUAACCCUAGGAGGCAUCCUGUUCCACGCGACUCAUCCCGUCGUCCGCCGAGCCGCCGACGCCACGCCAGGCCUCCACGCCGCGCCUCCGAGCUCCGUCGCCCCGGACCGCCGGCGCCGGGCAGCCGUGAGCUCCGACCGGACCUGCCCGCGCCCAGGCUGAGGCGCCGCCUACCCGAGCUCCGCCCAGGCCGCCCGCCCGCUCGGCAGGACGACUGGACGAGCUCCUCGCCGCGGGCGCCGAGCAGAGGAGCUCCUCUCGCGGAAGCGCGGACCCGCCUUCAGGCCGAGGUGCCGAGCUCCGCCCCGCCCCGCGCGGCCGCGCCCCUGCCCAGGUCCAGCCGCCCCGCUCGGCUCCUGUUCCCCGCUGGGGUUCCGGCACAAAGCUCCACGGCUCCGCAUCCCAUUGCUGAGAUUCUUCCCGUGAGGAGGUGUUGGGGGUAGCUGGCGAUGGGGGCGGAGCAGGGGUACGAAGAUAUGCAGGGGACCUUCAGGGACUCCGAGGUGUUCGAGUUUGUCGGGAAAGUCCUGCAGUCCGUGCGGAUGGAUCCGUUUUUAAUUGACAUAAGGGACAAAGAUUAUUAUGAUUACAUGCUAGGCAUUAUAGACCCUACCAAGAAAAGGAGUACAGAUGAUGAAGCUAUGUUUGUUACUAUUUUGAGGGCACUAUCACAAGCAGUAUCCAAGAUAGACACCGUGUAUCAUCAUGCACUUCUACACAAUAUAUUUACCAUGUGUGUCUGGCACUUGCACAGUGACACGAGGGUGGUGUUUUUGGAUUUAAUAACCAGAUUGGCUGCUGUGGCAGACCAAUAUCUCAGAGAAUGUUUGCAGAUGCUUGUGAAUAAUUUCACUCCACCUGGACCCCUCAUUCGUUACAUUGAGGAGCCAAGGUGGCUUCCAAAGAAGGAAAAAAUCUACUCUCAGUUGCAAGAGAGUUUGAAAAUGAUUUCUGACACUGUGCCCUUGGCACCAAGGAUGUUAAAGGAUAUAAUUGAUAGGAGUAUGCCAAAGUUGUUUGAUAGCAAAGCUAAGAUGGUAUCAUUUGUCAAGUGCAUGUUGGGACUUGAUGCUGUUGUUUGGGACAUUAUUGGGUCGUCAUUGUUGGAGAAAGUUGUGUACCUACUUACAGAAUUGGAUGUUAAUAUAACAUGGGAAGAUAUUCUUCAAGAUGAACACAACAAAGGUAUAUUUGACAUGGAGCUUGAGGAUUUGGCUGAGGAUGAAGAUAACCUUGGUCAAGAAGGAACAAAGGUCCAUUUUGGAGGAAAUAUGUGUGCCGAGAAACUUGAUGGUUUAAUGGUGGUUGUGUGUGAGCACCUCAAGUCACGUGUAGAAGAACCUGAGCGCCUAAUUAAGGAAUUUGUCACUUUGAAGGCUAUAUUUAAAUCACAUGUGCUGAGGGUGCACAAAUCCAAAUUUGCACAGUUUAUCAUGUUUUAUGCUUGUUCCCUGCAUCCUGAGAUUGGCGAUGGCUUUGCUAAUUUUCUUACUGAUAUUUUUAUUGACAAGGACAAAAACGAGGAUGCAAUUACUAGAGUGUCUGCAGUUUCAUAUGUUGGAAGCUAUCUGUCCCGGGCAAGGUUCAUUUCCGUAAAUAUAGUUGUUUCUGUACUCAAAAGGCUAGUGGACUGGUGUGAUUAUUAUUGUGGCCAUCAGCUGGACAAUGGGGUGACAGCAAAUCCUAUAAAGCACCAGCUAUUUUAUGCUAGCUGCCAGGCUGUGAUGUAUGUCCUAUGCUUUCGGUUAAGAUCUAUUAUGGACUACCCAAAUCUUAAACAACAACUUUUUCGAAUGCGAAUCCGGGAUAUCUUGGUCCACCCAUUGCAGCCAUUAAAGGUGUGCUUGCCUUCAAUAGUGAAUGAGUUCCUGAGACAGGCUACAGCUGCGAGCCUGUUCCAUGCACCUGCGAUCUCAAUGCACGAAGAUGCAGUUGAAUCCGAUCUAUCGAAGGCAUUUGGAGGACUUAAUAGGCUUGACAUGUUCUUCCCAUUUGACCCGUAUCUACUUAAAGAGUCUGACAGAUAUAUACGGCCAAAUUUUGAGUUCUGGUCCUUGGUCAAGACGACAUACAGUAACGACAACAGCGAUGAGGACGACGAAGAGCUUGGCGACAUUGACGCACCUGGAAUGAAUGUGGGCAGCUUGGAUGAUCACUUCGAAAUAGAUUUUAACAGUGACGAUGACAUUGAGUAUAAGAUGAAUAAGAUGUCCAUAACGCCGCAACGCACUUUCUACCAUCCACUGGCUACAAACAGUGAGUCCAACCGCAUGCCUGCGAGGAUCAGACCUUCAGUGAGCCCCCCAUCAUAGCAAGGUUCUGCUCAGCUCUUUACUUGACUGAUGAUGACACAAAAUCAGAUGCUAGGAAGUUGCACGUGCCAAGAAGGGACCAGGGGAUGACGACCAAACAUACACCGGAGUGUAUUCUAUUUAUUAUUCCAGUUGCUAGUAGGGUCAAAACUUUAAUGCAGAGUGUAUAUGUGUUUCAGGGCAACGCGUGGAAAACCGGUUUGUGAUUGUAUACUUGGUAGUCAGCCCUUAGGAACAGGUAUGUGUUUGUAGCAAGACUUACGACGUGAAAUGAGGAUUCUCUUGGGGACAUUAAUGGUAUAACGUGCGAAUGUUAGAACCUAAUUUUCAAUUAUCAAUGAGUCAGGUGCAGCCUAAUUUUC